AUGGGGGACGCGGAGCCCGAGGAGCCGCAGGCGGCGGCGAGCAGCCCGGGCGCGACGGGGCCGCUGCAGAAACCGCCGUACUCCUACGUGGCGCUGAUCGCCAUGGCCAUCCGGGCCAGUCCCGAGCAGCGGCUGCCCCUCAGCGGCAUCUACGCCUACAUCGCCGGCCGCUUCCCCUACUACCGCGGCGGCCCCAAGGGCUGGCAGAACAGCGUCCGCCACAACCUCAGCCUCAACCCCUGCUUCCGCCGCCUGCCCCGCCGCCCCGGCCCCGCCGCCCCCCGCCGCGGCGGCGACUGGGCGCUGGACCCCGCUUUCCAGGACAUGUUCCCGGGGGGCGACUAUCGCCGACGCCGCCGACCGCGCCGACAGGAAAUGUGUAAAGAGUGA